AUGUCCAAUCCACAUGAGUGGGCGUUUACUCCGAAUCAUGACGAGGUAUUUAUCCAGUGGCAGUUCGAUCAGCCAGAAGUGUUCAAGCAGUUCUCAGUGCUGUGUGACAGUAAUCUGUCCCAGGGCUACAGCAAGGCGGAAUUCAUACAAACGAAUCACAAGACAGCAUUGUUCAAGGGUUACUUAGACACUACAGUGCCAAAAGACGGCCGCGUGCAACAUUCUGGGUUUGCGUCAUUUCUCUCAAAACGUAAACAUAAAGCCUUCUAUCGACGUGAUUAUUACAACCUCUGGUCCAGGUUCACCCAUCUCAUUCUGAAAGUACGCGGUGACGGUCGCAUUUAUCUUCUGAACCUUGGCACUCCAGGCUCCUUUGAUAUCACUUCACAUGAUGUCUAUAAUUAUCCCCUUUAUACACACGGAGGGCCAUACUGGCAGUACGAAAAGAUUCCGUUUUCAAAAUUUUAUUGUUCGGUCCAUGCGCGAAUACAGGAUCGCCAGAGUCCAGUGACGGGUGAGAAAAGGAAGGCGGAUAAGAACAACCGCAUAAGCUCGUUCGGAGUAACACUCAUUGACCACAACGAUGGCCCUUUCGAGUUGGAACUCGCUUGGGUCGGAGUGUAUAAUGAUGCAACGCACUUCGAGGAAUUUGCCUACGAAAUGUACGAUUAUCCAAUAAAUAUCGAUUAA